CCUCGUUCUCAGACAAACACACACACAGCUCCUUGUGCCACUCAUGCCACGGGUGCCAGCAUUGUUAGCCAGAUUUGAUUGAUAAGCGACACAUGACACAGUUUGAUACUGGAAGGUCCAGUUGUCACGUCCUUGGUAUAAAAGCGGUGUGGCAGGGACGUGCGUGUCUAUGUGUGUGUGUGUGUGUGUGUGUGUGUGUGUGUAUGUCCAUAUGUGUGUUUGCGUUUUUACAUCUCUUUGUGAGUGUGUCUCAUCUGUCAACCCCUUGAGAGAGAGUUAGAUGGAGAAAGAAAAGGAGAGAGAGCAGGCUGAUGAAGGGUGUCCCAGUCCCAGUUUUUGAACACCUUCCACGUCCAUUUGUGUAUUUACAGCAUGUAGCUGUCAGCAGCGGUGUGAUCUCUGCUCUGCCUGCUUGCUUCACCGUGUAGGAGAAUGAACCAGCCCCUGUCACCUCUCACCUCAUUCAUUCACAUAUCUACACAGGUCACAGACAAACGCACACACACACACAUACACUGAGUGUAGAAAACAUUAGGAAUACCUUCCUAAUAUUGAGUUGCGCCCCCUUUUGCCCUCAGAACAGCCUCAAUUCGUCAGGGCAUGGACUCUACAAGGUGUCGAAAGCGUUCCACAGGGAUGUUGGCCCAUGUUGACUCCAAUGCUUCCCACAGUUGUGUCAAGUUAGCUGGAUGUCCUUUGGGUGGUGGACCAAUCUUGAUACUCAAGAGAAACUGUUGAGCGUGAAAAACCCAGCAGCAUUGCAUUUCUUCACACACUCAAACUGGUACACCUGGCACCUACUACCAUACCCCAGUCAAAGGCCAUUAAAUAUUUUGUCUUGCCCAUUUACCCUCUGAAUAGUACACAUACACAAUCCAUGUCUCAAUUGUCUCAAGGCUUAAAAAUCCUUCUUUAACCUGUCUCCUCCCCUUCAUCUACACUGAUUGAAGUAGAUUUAACAAGUGACAUCAAUAAGGGAUCAUAGCUUUCACCUGGAUUCAACUGGUCAGUCUAUGUCAUGGAAAGAGCAAUGUUUUUUACAGUGUAGAUAUAUACAAACUAGACCCUGGCACAGCUCUACAGAAACAUGCACUCUGUCCUGUUUGCCCAUCCUCUCGUCCAAGACAAGAGCCUUGAGACAACGAAACAAGGCCUAUUCUUACAAAAAAAGCUCUAUGGUGCCUGUAUCGUUGUCCAUAGCCUGCAUAGAUACAGUAGAAGGUGUUAGCUAGCUCGCAUGACACCAUAGUUCAGUUGGCGGAUUCAGAUUUCAAUACACGUUCGGCCAAACCUCAACGGAAGAGCCUGUGUAUGGAAAGUGGGAUGGAGCAUACACGUUAGACCACAACAGGACAUCAGAAAUUGUUCAGUAACAGUUAAAUGUACAUUGGUUUAACCACACCAGCCAUGUGAGUCUGUGUGUGUGUGUGUCUUGUGUCUUUUGUGUGUGUGCGUGUGUGUGAGCGUGUGCGUGUACGUGUGCGUGUGCGUGUGUGUGUGUGUGUGUGUGUGUGUGUGUGUGUGUGUGUGGGGGGCCCAAUAGGCACAUGUUAAAAGUUCAGAGAUGCACCUUUAGCCAGUGUGUUAGCGUACAGUCACAGUUGGCAUCCCCAGACGAUCUCUGCCUAGAUAAAUAGCCUUCACCUUUGUAUCUCCACUUCAAAUCGGAUGUUGUCGUUGACUCUUAUCUGGGCAGCAAGUGUUCAUUUUGGUGCUUCCUCAAAACGGUCGCUUCUGGUCUGCCUCAACUCGCUGCUCUACUCUGCAGCGUGAGGUGGUAGCGGGAGAAGAAGAAGGGUUUGACUGUCAGUGUCAGUGUCGGUGACGAUCAUGUCUUAGACUCACAGAGCUGCUGCACGUCUGUAGUCAGACGUUUGCUACUGUAUUAGCCUAUCUGUAGCCAUGUUGCUAAACCCAAGUGUCUUCAGUUCAGAUCAACCUACUAUAAACCAGUCACUAGCAGCUGUAGAGAACCUCUAGCAUCCAUAUCACUUGUCAAUUGCCUGCCUUAGGUAAUAAAGCCCAUCUCCUGGGCUAUAGCCAGUCUCCAGUCAUAUUUAGAGCCUGAGCUGUUGUCCUAAAAUGGCUGCCUGAAAUCCCCUCCUCACUGUACGCUCAGCCUCUGGGCCGGGAGCUAUGAAUCAGAUGGGCUGUACAGUAACAGCCUUACCUUGACUUGACCUUACAUACAUUCUCCAUGGGCUUGGGUUUGAACAUUGAUAACUGUCAUGUUCAAGUUUUUUAGUCUGGGAUGUUUUGGACAGUCUCCGUUUUUCUACACGUAAUUCUCUGAUAUUUUCUAGAACCGAGUCUUUUCCGGCUGUUUUGAUUCGCUAUUCAUGUCUCUCCACAUGGGCCCACUCCACAGCACAAUAGUCCAGCCAUGAGGAUGAGAGCGAGGCAGGCAGAGCUGAUGAGGCAGCUGGAUGGAGUGGCUCUAGGAGAGGCUCCCAUACAAAACACACAGGUGCAUCCAUACACUUGCUCUGUACACACGUACGCUGUCAUACACAGGCACACCUCAACGGACACAUGCAUUCAUCAUUGACAUGUGCAGUAAGUAAUAGACACAUUGAAAGUCACACACUCGGACAAGUACUAUUUGACACACACACACACUCUGACACUAUACUAACACAAUUUUACACAUAGGGACCUCAUACAUGUAUGCACACACACUGUUUUUCUAGUUGUUGUUUUUUGUCACAGCCUCAUUUUCUUUCACCGCUAGCGGUCGUUUACUCUUCAGAUUGUUCAAAUUGAGCUUUCGAGACUUUUCAUUUUCAAACAACAAAAACCUUGCUCUCAAAUUAAACAAAGAUCAGCGGGGGAAAUUGCCCAGGAAGACAUCUGCGACUCAUUUUCCCCUGGAGUAUAUGAUUAGGAAAUUCAUUUAUGUCUAACGUAUAAUUCCUGCCCCUCUUUCAAGUGGGAAACAUCCAUAUAACGCUCUCUGUUCUACCCCUAGGAAUGGGGGAAAAAAGCCGGCUGUGGGAUUGGGUUAGAAACAAAGCGUAUACACUGCUCACUCUCUCUCGUUUUUAAUGGGAUGUUGCUGGGAGGGUGCCCCACUGUUUUGUGUGUGGCGUGGGUGCUAAACUCAGUCCUCCAGUCAGUCUGUCAGAGGAGGAAUGUGGAUUGGGUGUCUACCCCAAAGCAGGGUCUUUGUCUAGAAGAGGCAACACGUGUUUAGCGCUGAUGGCCAAAUGAUGGGUGCUGUCCCUCUGUGGUCUCCAAGGCCCUAAUUUGAUGUUUUUACACAACUCACUGACAUUUCUCUAAGAAAGGAAAGAGUAUGUCCUCACAAACCAGCCAAAUCAGGCAGAGAUGGGAGAAUUGUGUUGGAUCACUGGGUGAAAUUGAGUUCUCUCUCUGGCUCUAGGACAGUAGCAUCUCCACUCCUCCACUAGUUGAAAAAUGUGAAUAUUUGAAGUAAUGGUUUCUUCAGUACAACAUGCUACUCUGUAGGAUAACAGUAAUGACGGUCUUUUGAACAGUAUAAUUGAUGGCUCCCUCGCUCUCGUGUCUCCCUCUCUUCUCGUUAGGCAACGGCUACGGGAACCACCACCGUAACUCGCCCGGUCUGCUGGCCUCUCCGGGUAGCAUGAACAAGAGCAUGCAGGCCAAGUCUCCCCCACCCAUGAACCUGGGCAUGAACAACCGCAAGCCAGACCUGCGUGUGCUCAUCCCCCCUGGAGCCAAGAACAACAUGCCCUCCUUGGUGAGUCGCUCAUUCACUUUACCCCCAGUCCUGAUCCCAUCCCUCUUCACUCCUGUUUGUCCUUAAUCUUUUUCACAUAUGUCCCUUCAGUUGAUUUUCUUUCUGUGUGUUAUAUUGUCUUCUUGAUUAUUUGUUUUAAGUGGUUGAAGCUGUCCCAUACAUAUGCUGUCAUAAGUUAUGAUUUUAACAAGAUAGAUAGACUGUUAGUGGAGUACAGUAGUAAUAGUACAUUUCCUUUUUAAAUGAGCUCCUGUUUAGUAACCUCACUCCUAGCAGUUCCAUCCUUACAACCACACCCAGCUGCUACCUCCAUCCAAUCAAACUAAUUUGAACUUAUCGCCCUCCCGUUUAAUGCCGUCAGUCUGAGGAUGUCGAUCUGCUAUUGGUAAGUUGGCCUGUCACUGAAAUUAGCAACCAAAAAUAAUAACAAUCUCCAAACACAGUAAUCAUCCACUAUCCUCAGUUAGAUAGAAGGGAGACCAGUCAUUAUGCUUUAACAAUAGAAGUACAUCAACCCUAACUGAACCAGUGCCUUAUAAUUCUCUGGGUGUAGUUGAGUUGCUCCCAAGAGCUGAUCUAAGGUCAGUGAUUACUUUUUAGGAUGAUAAGGUCAGGAUUGAAGUAAAGAGUAAGAUGAUCCUUGUUGUCCACAAAGGGGCAACUUCCACCUCAAGCGAUCUGCUGCAUGCGUUGUCCAUGUAGGGAUGAAGGAGGGCGUUCAGCCAGGGCCUAGUGUGACACCUAGUGGUAUGUCUGAGUCAUUGCACCCUGUCAUCUUUCCUCUCUCAUCCCCCUCAUUUCAACCCCUUCACUCCCUUCUUUCCUUCUAUGUCUGAUUGAGGGGCAUUGCAUGGCACCUUAGCAUACAUGCUUCCCCUCUCAGAACCAGGAAAUGAAAGGCAACAAAGGGAACACUUUUAUAUGGCAUUAAACCGCCAUAAUUUCUGCACCACCCUGCCACAAUAAAGUGCCUUUCCUAGCCGUCGAUGUUUCUGUUGCCGUGGAGACCAGUGGGGUUACUAUAGAGACGGCGGGUCCUCAGAAGGGGUGGUAAAUGACAGGGUUGGCAGGGUUCAGCAGUGCCGCGUGUCAAGUGAUUAAUUUCCAAGAAGCUGGCAUCUUGUUCAUUCUUCUAGCAUCUGCGGAGCAAAAAAAACAAAACAACUAAGUCUAUUUUUAUUAUAAUUUUUUUUAUUUGGUGCUCAUGCUUUUCCAUCUCUCUCUUUUUCUCUUCCCCUCAUAGAACCAGAGAAUAAACAACUCCCAGUCUGCACAGUCAUUGGCCACCCCUGUGGUUUCUGUAGCAACGCCCACCCUACCAGGGCAAGGCAUGGGCGGUUACCCAUCAGCCAUCUCCACUUCAUACGGUACUGGUAGGUACCACUGCUUUUACACAUGUUCUACACAAACAGACACAGGCUUUGUCACAUAUACACUCUACGUCCGUGUGUGUGUCCUUGUUACUACAUACAGGGUAUUAAUGAGUCUGGAAAGUGAACUAUAAAUGUCACACACUCGCCCCACUAUUUACAUUUUUAUUUGAUGAUUUAUUUGAUUCUUAUUGAUUUGAUAAGAUUUGUAUCUCAUACACAGAUUUACAGGACUUCACAGACAUGAUAGUUAAUACAAGCAUGCUCAUGAUCAAAUAAAUAUAGAAUAUUAAUGAAAAAUCACGUAACAAUAGGUUGUCCGGCCCUGAAACAUGGCUUCAUCAUAAUGUGAUGUUAAAAACUUCCACCAACCUAACAGCAGGUGGUGUUGUUCACACACAUAUAUCCCUCACUGCAACACUCCCACACCCACUUUGUGACUCAAUGGAAGCUGUGUUGACCCAGCAGGAAAAAAUGUAUAGGGAGAAAGACAUUGGCUAUUAUACUAUUAAAUUCAGUAGCCAUAAUUCAAAACUAAUGUACUUUACAAACCUGUUUGAACUGGCCUGAACUGGUUUUGACUGUUUGCCUUCUCUCUCUGUGUAUGUAUGUGUAGAAUACUCGCUGAGCAGUGCAGACCUAUCCUCCCUGUCCGGCUUUAACAGUGGUAGCUCCCUCCACCUGGGCUCCAUGAGCGGUUGGCAACAACAACACCUCCAGAACAUGCAGCACUCGGCCCUCAGUCAGCUAGGGUGAGUACAUGGAGAUACACACAAGCAGUAGACAGAUCAGAGAGAGCAGGGACGGAUAUUGAAAUGAAGCUUGUUGAGGCAACUAUAGUGAAAAUACUGAUACACAUUGAUAUUUUUUGACUAGAUAUGAGAUAUGGAUGUGAAAAUAUGGAGUAAACGUGUGUGCUUGUGUGUAACUGCGGGUGCAUGAUCAUGUUUCUUCACUCUGUAACCCCUUGCGUUUCCUUUCCUUCCUACAGAAAUUGCAAUAGCAAUCACUUAUGUCAGAGUUCAAAUCUCUCCCUGCCUUCUGCUCAAAGCCUCCACAUCAAGUCCGAACCUGUUUCUCCUCCUAGAGAUCGCACCAGCAGCACACCGGGGGGCUACGGCAUCCAUCAGCAACAUAAUCCCUCGUCCCGCCAGGACUCGGGCCGCUCCCCUGUCGACAGCCUGAGCAGCUGCAGCAGCUCCCACGAGGGCAGCGACCGGGACGAGCACAGGAACGAGUUCCACUCUCCACUGGGACUGUCUCGGCCCGCCCUGGACGAGCGUGAGAGCCCCUUGGUCAAACGCGUGCGCCUGUCUGAAGGAUGGGCCACAUGA